UUGCGAAAUGUCUAAAAGGAAAGCAAUCACAGUCACUGUCAUAUGACGAGAGAAUAUGUUUGUAAAAUAAAAUAAUUUUACAGAAUAAAUGAUAGCACAGAUACUGACAUUUUAUAAGUAAGAACAAUCUCAACAUGAUGUCAUCAAGUCCACAUUUGGUGGCAAGUCUUCAUCAUACCAUAGCCACCCACACAUCUGAUGUGAAUUCUGUAGCUUUUUCACCUGAUGGAAAGUUAGCUACAGCCUCCGGAGACAAAACUGUGAGAUUAUGGGAUACGGAGGAUUUCACUGAAGUGUCUGCUUCACCACUUGUCGGCCACGCUUAUUACGUUCAUUGCUGCACAUUUUCGCCAUUUGGAACACUUCUCGCAACGUGUUCUACUGAUGGCAAACUUAUUCUUUGGGAUGUAAAGUUGGGGACUAAGGUGGCAACAUUUCAACAUACUAGUAAGCAGAGCAUAAGAGUGUGCCGAUUUUCUCCAGACUCAAAGUUUAUUGUAUCGGGAAGUGAUGACGAAACUCUGGCUUUAUGGGACGUCACAACGAAGACUUUAGUCAGGUCCUACAACACCUGUCACGAUGCAUCAGUUGUUGCCUGUUCCUUUACACCUGACAGCACAUUCAUUAUAUCAGGGAGUAGCAAUGGGGACUUGAGAGUCUGGGAUGCCAAGUAUGGGCAUGGAAAAGUUUUGACCUAUGUUCUGGAAGGUCAUGACCUUGGGGUUACAAGCUGUGACUUUGCCCCUCACACAAAAGUGGAAAACAGUGGGGUCACUGAAUGUGUCACUUAUAAGGUGGCCACUUCUGGGCAGGACAAUUUGGUGAAAAUUUGGGAAAUGACUGCAGAUCUAAGCUGCACUUCAGUGGUCUUGAGACAAAAGCUGACUUUUAAAGGACAUGAAGGGACAGUCAAUUUCUGUUGUUUUUCCCCUGAUGGAAACUUAUUGGCAUCAGCAUCCAUUGACAAAACAGUUAGAAUUUGGGACCCUUCCACUACCCAACAGCUGUGUGUUGUGGAAGGACAUACUCGUUAUGUUACGUGCUGCGCCUUCUCCAGUGACAGUCGUCUUCUUGCCUCUGGAUCUAAUGACAAGCUGGUCAUGAUCUGGAAAAUCACAACACAGGAGGAUUGUAUAGACAAUUACAAAGAACCACAAUGUGCUGUGAAGGUGGAGAAGAAAGAGGAUGCCCACAAACAUUUGGAGUCAUGGUCAGCAGAGGAUGUUGGUGAUUGGCUAGUUCAAAUUGAGCUUGGCCAAUACAAAGACUCAUUUGUGUCCAAUGCUAUAGAUGGGACAGAACUCUGUAACAUGGAUGAUAAGACUCUGAUAGAUUUAGGAGUUACUGCCUUAGGACACAGAAAUAAGAUUUUACGCUGCAUUAAAACGGCUCAGAACAAACCAACCAUUACCAGGAGUGUUUCCAAUAUCUCAGAUAAUGGUAUUCCUGAUGAGUAUUUGUGUCCUAUAACAAGGGAAUUGAUGAAGGAUCCAGUGAUGGCAGAGGAUGGCUAUACUUAUGAGCGGUCAGCUAUCCAGGGAUGGAUAAAUAAAGGGAAGGACAUCAGCCCAAUGACCAGUAUACCUCUGAAAACCAAGCACCUUAUACCAAACAGGAGCCUGAAGAUGCUCAUACAACAUUAUCUAGAAAGUGGAAAAAUAUAGGAAAAGCAUACCACCGAAAAUCAAGCAACUUAUAUACAAAACAGAAGCCUGAAAAUUCUGAUACAUUAUCUAGAAAGUGGAAAAGUUUAGGUAAAAUGCCUGAGGUGUUCAUUUGAGCACAAGAAUCAAGUUCAAAAACCAAAUAUUUACAACAUAUUUUUUUGAUACCAUAGAAACCAACAAAUAGUUUAUCCUUUUUCACCAAUAUCUAUUUUGACAUCUGUCAUUUUGACUGCAGCAACAAUUUUUAGCUGGAUAUUUGUUUUCUCAAGCAAAUUAACCAGACUUGGUCAGAUACUGGGCCUUACCAUAACAGUCCUUUAUUGUGAGAACAUUUUAGUUUUUAUGUAGGUACUGCUUCAGUUCUUGUUUUAAAAUAUUCAAAAUUAAGCACAAAUAUUUUUGCAUGAUCAUGAAUAAGUAUUGGUUCUUGUAUGUGUUGGAUUUAUUUAAAAAAUGAUAUUUUAUUAUCAAGCCUUAGCCACAAAGGCUUGUGUCAGAAACAUCAAAAUAUUAAUCCUCUUUUUAGCAAAAAAAGGAAACAUUUGGUUGGCCUUUUAUGCAUGACACAAGAGAUUUUUAAUUACCCAUGAAAACAUGAAAACAAUUCUUUUUAAAAACAAAUUACUACAUUAAUUUUUCAGACUUGAUUAGAUCUGUAUUGUGAAUAUCCUACAUGCGUCUUUCAGUGGUAACUACAAAAUUGAAAAGCUCAUUUUUAAGAGCUCUUCUUAACACACAUGGUUUUUAAUCCCUUAUUCUUAAUUCUUGUUUAAGAAAUGUAGAAUUAGAAAUCCAUGUAUUAUAUUGUUAUUGUAAUUAAUCAGGUUUCUGUUGUCAAAACUUGUUUCAUCAACAUUUUUAAAUGUUAUUUUGUUGUUGUAUGUUAUUGUUGUUUAUUUUUUAUGAAAUCCAUUUGAAUUAUGUAAAUAGGAUAUAGUUGUACAUUGUUUGUAUAUAUCAUAAAUAUUUUGUUCAAAAAUGAGGUUUUUUCUAAGUUUUUAUUUUUCUACUUGGAAUAGAUCUUACAUGGGUCAUGAAUCAAAAUGUCAUAUUCUCUUAUACAAUUCAGCAGUUUUAUGUUUACUGUUGAUUGAAAGAACUUCGCUACAAAGAGAAAAAACUUAUUCUGACAUUUGAAAAGGGGACCCUUUUAUCCUGGAAAUAUAUUUUGUAUGACUGUACGCAUUAUUUUUUGUACUCGAAGUGAUGCCUAUAUAUAUGUUACCUAUGUUACUCAUACAACUGGAAUUCACUAAGAGUUAUUUCCCUUUUCUGUGAUAACUUUCUAACAUGGCGAUUAUAGGUCAAUUAUUUUAUUGUUAUGUGAUGCUUAAAGAAUAACUAGAAAGAUCAAGUGUCCUAACCACUACGAUAACAUUAAUUAUGUUUAAUAAUUACAUAUUAUGUAAGUGCUAACCUAGAUAAGGAUAUUGUACAUUAUUGUUGUUAUUCGAUGGUUUGUUGUAUAAUCGUUAAGUUUAAGUAUCGUGGAAGUAAGGCAAGUUAAAUUGUUUAUAAUAAUUUCUCUGACAAACAUGAAAAUUAGGAAAUUGAGUUCAUCAUCAUAACUUUGAAUUUUUUCAUGUAAUUCAUGUAGUUUAUUCUUUUGUCCUUAGUCAAAGUUUUCAAAAUCAAAAUUAUUUGUCUUCUAAUUAAUGAAUAUAUAAUUUUAGCUACCAUACCUGGUUACUGCAAGUUAAAUGAAAAUCUGUUAAUAAUUAAUUUCUUUGAGAUGUUUGCUGUGCUGUUAUUCCUUUUCAGGUUUGACAGUGUAUUUUGUUACUGAAGUUGUAUGAAUUGCUCUCUGCAUCUGCGAUGUGAACAUGAUACAGUCAAACUUUAUCUUAAUUGGACUGAGAAAAAAAAAAUGAAGUUAUCCCAGGUUUAAGAUACUGAGUUAAAAUACAUGAAAAAAUGGUUGGGAUGUCCUGGGUGUCACUUGGAUCUAUCAAGAUAUUGAUGUUGAAGUUAUACACAUUGCUUUUUAUGUCAGAGCAUCAUUCACAAAUUAGGAUCUAUAAUUUCUCAUGUCUUACACAAGAAGAACUAUUUUUAACUUAGAAAGGUGGUAUUUUCCAUCUUUAUUUUACAGACUUUAACAUGUUUAUGUACAUAACCUGAACCAGGGAAAGGAGGUCAAGGAGUAUAUGCAGUAAAACUUGUCUAACCUGGCUGGAUUAGACAAGAUUCCAGAUUGGACAACAUUUUUUAUAAACAAAUGAAUUUACUGAAAUGGACUUAAAGUUAACAUCGUAUUAAGCAAGAUUUUGGAUUACACAACAUCCCGAUAAGACAAGUUUUACUGAAUUUUAUUAUUUGUCAGCAAGAUUGCAAUGUUCUUGAAAACUUUGAUAAGGAUUCAGAUUAUGAUUUCAAAUUGAGGCAUUGUAAAUGAUAUACAGUAAGACAUGCUUGAAAUGAAUCAUUAAAAUGGUAAGAAUUGCUUCUGUACACUGUACUUACAUCCAUUAUUUAUUUAAUAUUUUUUUCAUUAUUCAUUACUAUAUAUUUUGUUGUAAGCAGUUUUCCCCUAUAUGUGAGUUCAGUCUAUGCUUGUUUUACUGUAUAUGAAAUAGGCUGUGAGAUUUUAGGCUUUCAGUCUAGAACUGUUUUAUGAUUAAACGUGACUACUUGUACCAUUACUGUUUUACUUACAAGUUGAACUGAAAUUUGUCAGAUCAAAAAAAUUGUUAAUAAAAACAUUGGUAUUUCCUCCAGUA